AUGGAUAACAAGGAAUUGGGCCCCGACGUCCCUCAGGCGUCUCACAAUGAGAAAGACGCUCUUGGAGCUACUCACGACACCGGCGGUGCGCGUCGUGGAUCUACCGCUGUCAAUAUCGUGGAGAACCCGCUCAAGCGCGUAACCCCCGAAAAAGCCGUCCUCGAUGCGCGCCUCUUCGCAGAAAGCCACGGCAUGUCCGAGCACGCCGAGCUCUUCGGCCGCGCAGCCCUCGUCGCUCGUGACUCUGAAAGAUUCAACAUGGUCAAGGAGCUCACCGAGGGUGAGCGCCAGGCCCUCGAGUACGAGAGAGACCACAAGUGGCACGGCCCCAAGAUGCUCUGGUACUCCAUCUCGCUGUGCGCCAUCGGAGCCGCGACCCAGGGAUGGGAUCAGACAGGUUCCAACGGUGCCAAUCUCUCCUUUCCGGAAGAGUUCGGUCUUUAUGAGGACAGAAGUGUUCGCGAUCAGUGGAUUGUUGGUCUUGUCAACUCCAUUAUUUUCCUGACUGCCGGCCUCAUUGGCGCUUUCAUCGUUGAUCCUCUUAACCAUUACCUAGGCCGUCGUGGUGAAAUCUUCGUUACCGCCUGCUGUCUCACCGCCACCCCUAUCGCCUCCGGCUUCACACACUCUUGGCAAGCACUCUUCGCCGUGCGCUUCGUCAUGGGCAUCGGCAUCGGCGCCAAAAACGCCACUGUUCCAAUCUACUCAGCCGAGAUGGCACCCGCCCGAAUCCGUGGUGCUCUGGUCAUGUUCUGGCAGCUCUGGGUCGUCAUCGGCAUCUUCCUCGGCUUCUGCGCCAACGUCAUCGUCAAAGACACAGGCAAGAUUGCAUGGAGACUGCAGCUCGGCUCGGCCUUCAUCCCAUCCUUCCUUCUUGGCAUCGGUAUCUUCUUCUGCCCUGAGUCGCCGCGUUGGUUGAUGAAGCACGGCAAGCAUGCCAAGGGCUUCCAUUCUAUGCAGCGUCUGCGCGCGCACGACAUCAUCGCCGCCAGGGACUUUUACUACUCGUGGGUCAUCUACGAGGAGGAGUUGGCUGUUGCUAGUGGUGCUGGGUACUUUCAGCGUUUGUGGGACUGCUUUGCGGUGCCUCGCAUUAGACGUGCCAACUAUGGUGCUUCGACCGUCAUGAUUGCUCAGCAGAUGUGUGGUAUCAAUAUCAUUUCCUUCUACAGCUCCACCAUCUUCGUCAACGCUGGGUACUCACAAGUCGAAGCGUUGUAUGCUUCACUCGGGUAUGGUGCCAUUCAGGUAGUUGCUACUAUCCCCACGCUGUUCUUGAUCGACACCAAGGGAAGACGAACUCUGUGUCUCAUUACAUUCCCAUUUAUGUGUGUCUUCCUGCUUGCCGCCGGCCUGUCUCUCCUCAACCACAGCGGUAGCCGCGGUGCACAGAUUGGACCCGUUGUCCUGUUUGUAUACCUCUUCACCAUUGCCUACUCCCUAGGUGAAGGACCAGUCGCUUUCCAAUACUCUGCCGAAGUAUUUCCCACCAUCCAGCGUGAGCAGGGUAUGGCAUGGGCUGUCUGCAUUAACAAUACCUUUGAAUCUGCAGCUGGUAUCCUCGGUCUGACAUUCCCUCGAAUGACCAAGGCCAUGUCCCCUACUGGAGCCUUUGGUUUCUACGCUGGUCUCAACCUUAUUGCCUGGGCUAUGAUAUUCAUGUUCGUUCGUGAGACCAAGCAACUCACACUCGAAGAACUGGACCAGGUCUUCUCCGUUCCUACAUCCCAGUUCAUCUCAUACGAGACAAAGGUCUGGCUUCCAUACUUUAUCAAGCGACACAUUCUUCGCAAGAAGAUUGCUAAGCCCCCUGCCAUCAUUGAGCGAGGCGAGAAGAAUUUUGACUCUGCUUGA